GCUUGCCUCAUCUUCCGUCUUUUCCGGUGUGCUCUGUGACGCUUGGCGUUGUUUGGAUUUUUUGUGAAAGCGUAGUAUUUUCCUUCUCACAAAGGAAUUAUGGCCAUGAAAUCAAUUGUUCUAACCACACUGUCUGUGUUCCUGGGACUGUUUUUCAUAUUCGUCGGGUCCAUGAAAGUGACGCCGAACAUCAACAGGGACAUGCACCGGGAAAUCCGGCGGAAUUUCAUCCAGUAUGCCAAGGUGUUUCCGGGAUCUCGUCUCCUGGGCAUGACGAUAGACCCCAAGCUGUACCGCCUCGCUGUUGGGUGGUACGAGGUGGUCUGCGGAACCAUCCUGGUCCUCGUCCCAGGUCGGGUGAAGCAGGCGUCCAACUGUGCGCUGCUGGUGCUCAUGCUGGGGGCGGUGUACACGCACGCGGCUCUCAAGGACCGCUUCGAGCGCAUGGCCCCCUCCAUCGUGUUUGUGCUGAUGCUGGUCUGCCGCCUGGUGGUCUUCUACCAGGUCCAGAGCAGAGAGAAGGCGCGGGCGCCCGAGGCAGCGCGUCCCAAGGCCGACUGAAGGCGCACCGCCAGGACAUCCGACCCCGUGGGCCUUGCCGCAAGUUUUCCCGACUCGUGCCGUGACAUUCUCUUGACAUUGCGUCGCCGUCGUUGGUCCGUGACACUUGUUUGUCGUUGUCCUUGUGCUACGACAUGCUUGUGUCAUUGUGCCAUGACGGUUCCGUGACAUUUUUUCCCAUCGUACCAUCGUAAUUGUGCCAUGAUGUUUUGUUGACGUGUGCCGUGCCGUUCCUUGCUUCCGAGGGACAGCACCUUCCCCGUGGUCGAACAUUUGUGGCUGAGACUGGAUUUUACCCAAUUGUUGCAUUCCGAAUGGGAAUAGGAGUUUAGCCCUGCUUUCUUCCCAAAUUAAGAGCGGGCUGCAGUGGAACCAGCGGGCAAUAAUUUACUUUUAAAACCGGCCUCCUGCGUUUGCGGAGUUCUUUGUUAUUUACUUCUUUUUAUUCUGGAGGUUUGCAGUCAAAUGCCAAUUUUCUUAAGCUUUUAGUUUCUAAACUGACAUGGUGGCAUAGCAGUUGUUUUGCUUUGGCCAAGACUGUUUGGCUGAAAUGCUAAAUCUAAAGGAAAUGUGGACCUUCAUCGUGCCGAGCAGGUCCUUGAAGCGUGGUGCAUUAUUUGUUUUCUUUGUUCUUCGGGCAUGAGUCUCGUUUAGUCUUACAGAUAUUUAGCAGUUGUCGCUGCUGUUUUGAGAGACUCUUCCUUGAAUGCACAAGAUUUAUUGUGUGAAAUACUUCAAGGCAGUUAGUUCUUGUCUGAGAUCUGCCAUGGGCAGCUUUUUGGCAGAGACACCAUAGAUCUCAAGGAAGCAAUCUCAUUGUGACAUAAUUCCUAGUCAAGAUAAUUUUCUAUUUUUUUUAACUGCAUUAUGUGGAAGUGUUACGAUUGAAAGAAGCUCCAAAGUCUACGAACCAUCCUGAAAAAGGAUCAGUAUUUGUUUAACUAUUUUUAUUAGGAUCUUUGUUGCUCUUGGAUCAAGUUAUUUCAGAUUUGUAGAAGUAGUAUUUACUGACCAGAGUUGAUAAAAUUUCAUUUGGGAUGUUGAAAGAUCCAAAGUCCUUGCUCUUGCAUGCACAUAAAAGAGCUUUGUUUGAUGUUUUCCUCUAUUUCUGAGAGCAGUUUUACUGACCCAUGCCAGGCCAACUGCCCUCUCAAUAAUGUCUGCUACUAUCGCAGCGUCGAAUCUCCACUAAGAGUUGCCCCUUAUUAAUACUAAUUUAUUUAUAUAGAACUACUCAUAAAAUAAAUAAGUCUUAGAAAUCUUCCUAAAGUUGAAGUUUGUGCAAGUUGGUACUUGAAAAUUAAAACAGCGCUGUUUUAAUUCUCGACUUAUAAAUCUGUUUUUAGUUUAUAGGAAGGAGGUGGCACCUUUUUAGAGACAAAAAUGUUUUUUGGUUUGUAGACUAAAGUGGCCAAUUGUCGACCAUAAUAUUUUUUGAGCACGAAGAAUAAUAUCACCAUAUUGUGAGUGAGCAUUGGCAAAGAUACCUGGGGAGUCAUAAGAAAGACAUGAUGUGACAUUCGACAUACAAAUUACUUCUCUGAUGCUUGCUUUUUCAACUAGAAAUAGGAAAAGGGUUUAAAUAAGCCCAAUGUUUCAUGAUUCUUAUAUAUGCUCAAAUCAAAAUCUGAUCGGAGAAGAGUUCCACUCCCUCUGAACUCUGAUCUGAAAGAGUCCCAAAUCAUUUCUUACCUGUGAAAAUAUUGCAAGCAAUCCAUUUUUCAUCCUAGCAAGCUGAAGUUGCCCCCAAAGUUGUAUUUCAGUGUUAACCUCCACCUGAUAAAUUUACUUGAUGCUACUCCACAUUCCUGGAGCAAGUACUUUCUGCAUUUUUGUAUGACACAGACCAUUUGAAGAUUGAGACUGUUCACUCUAAAUUUAAAAAAAAAACAAAAAAUCAGGGUAGAGUUUUUUGUUUUUUUUUAGAUUUCAUUAGGCAAGGCCCUUUUUCAAAAUAAAGCCAGUAUCUAUUACAUUAAUAUGCCAAGUUUUCAGGUUGAUUUUAUGUUGUAAGGAAUAGGUAGUUGAGAAAGCGUAUAAAUAAUUUUUUUCUUUUGCAUGUCUCACGAUUUUGCCAUUGAUCUAUCCAAAAAGUUAAAAAUGUUUCCCUGAAAGCCUAUAGUUAUGAAACCCUAAGGGGGCUUCCGAGAGCUGCUAACCCCAAGCUCCGUGAAAAGGACAAAAAGAACCAAAGAUGGCAUAGAUCUCCAAAGCUAUGGCUGCGGCUAUGUGCCACGUUGCUCUAAGGUUUUAUGAUACGCAAGGCGGAUACAUGAUUUCCUAUAUGCAAAUAAAUGUAUGAAUGUGUACGUCACCAAAGAAAACCAAAGCUCAUUAAUCUGCUAACCCUGUCCUUUUUGACACACAUGCCUGCCUGUUUUCUAUUUUUAUGUUUCUAUUGUUUCUGUCAGUGACAGUAGAAUUCAAGUUGGAUAGCAGAGUUGUAUAGAACUUGGCUCCAGAGACGGAGCUUGGUUCCAUCUGCAAGAUUUCGGACACUCUGCAGUGGAAGAGGUUAUCGUCACUGACGGCUUUCAGGAUGACUUUGAACAGCAGGAGACCAUUCCUGAAGUACCGCAUUUCCUCGCACGUAGUCCACACCGGUUUAUGAAAAAAGCCCUGGUGUUUACUUUCUUGCGGGCAUGCAGGAACUAAUCACGGUGGCGGGCCAAUGAAGAUCAGUGAGCUCGAAGGCACAGAGAACGCAUUUAGGACAUGCCAUCUGCUUAACUUUAGUUUCGGUUACUGAAGUUCGCAUUAAGGGGACACACCCCCUGGGGGGGGUCAACUUUUGAACCCUUGUCUUAAAAUUAAUGAAAUUUACAGGGUAGGCUGGUGGUCAUGCUAGAGGGUGUAUAACAAAAUUUUAGGUCUGUUGGUUAAAUGAGAAGGAAAUUAGAGUAGCUUCUAUCAGCAACAUGCCUCCAUUGUUUAGUUAAUCUGUUGUCAGAAAACUAUCGCCAUAUUCAAGAUUUUAUUUGCUAGAUAUGUAGCAGAAUGCCUAGAGGGUGUGCCUAUGGAACGUUUUUUCAUAAAAGUCAUUUCUUUCUAUAAAUUUUCUCUUCUCCAAAAUUGGUCCAUUUCUUGGUCUCCUCUGUCUUCGACAAAAUGUCAACAUUUUUUAUAAAAGACAUCCGUAAAGUGACAAGAACGUUCCAUAGCUGCAUUCAUUAUUAAAUUUGAGUCAGGAAAAAUGAAGAAUGAGCCUUUUUUGUGUUGCCAUUAUCAAACGAUAGAAUGACUAAAAUGGCAUUUAUACCAAAAAGUGGAAUGGAGAAAAAGGUGUUCAAAAUGCUCCAAACUCUACCUUUAGCUUUGAUGGACAGAAACUAAUUUAUAAAAAAUUAACUAUGCAGUGUAAAUUAAUUAAACUUUUUGGGAAUACUCUCGAGUUGUGAGAGGAUGUAAAUAUGGCAUUUUUCAAGAUCAACUUUUUUUGCAGAAUUUUUUUUUUCUGGGCAGUGUCUCCCCUUAAGCUAAAAUACUGUCUUUGUGGCUAAUAGUCCUGUUCUUUUCUUUUUUUUUAUGGU